AAGCUUUCUUUCUCAAUCAUCAUGAAGAAGUCAUACGUCGAUUUUGUGAUCGAUCAAUGGUCGGUGGUACCCCCAGUGGAGAAGGCUGAUCUAUCUGGAAAAACAGUACUUGUCGUCGGCGCCAAUGUAGGCAUUGGACUCGAGGCUUCAAAACACUUUGCCCGUAUGCAACCAGCGAGGUUGAUAAUUGCCUGCCGUAGCGAGGCCAAGGGGAAGGUCGCUUUGGCUGAAAUCGAACGAGAGACCGGAUACAAUGGAUGCGAGCUCUGGAUAGUCGACCUUGCUAACUUUGCAUCAGUGACCGCAUUCGCUGAUAAAUUCGAGAGGGAGGGCGGCGAUUUGCAUAUCCUGGUCAUGAACGCAGGAAUCGCGCAUUUCGAUUACCAAACCACCACUGAUGGCUGGGAGUCCAUACUACAAGUCAAUUACCUGGCAACAUCGUUGCUUUCGUUGCUCCUCGUUCCACAACUAGUUGCUGCGGGGAGAAAGUCUUCAACACCUUCACGGAUGGUAAUUGUGUCGAGCGAAGUUCACUACUGGAUUACCCCCGCAAAGGAGGUCAAGGAGUCCUCGAAACCACUUGAAAUACUGAGCAGUAGAGAGUGGUGCAUCCCUGAGCACAUGCGAUCCCGGUAUAAUGAGUCGAAGCUGUUGAAUGUCCUUUUCGUUCGCGCCUUGACGGACAGGUUGCAAUCUAUCACACCGCUCAGUGCCGUAGCUGUGAACCCAGGGCUCUGUUAUUCACAAAUACGGCGCACCUGGUACGAGAAACCGGCCUUUUCCUUUACCAGAAUAGGACUCGCUAUUUGGGAGCGUCUCCUAGCGUGGACGGCCGAACAAGGUAGUCGUCAGCUUAUAUUUGCUGCGGUGGGCGGACGAGACAACGAAGAGAAUAUGAAAGGCGGGUUCGUAAGCCUUGGUCGCCUCGUGGAGGUCGCCGACUUCGUGCUGAGCGACGAGGGCUCUAAAAUGCAGGACACUGUAUGGGAUGAGACGAUAGCUAUUCUGAACGGCAUUUCUGACAAGAUUGCUCCAAUAGUCCGGGAUUAUCUAGUAGUACCCAACUCCUCCAUCAACUGACAUGUACAUGUGCGCCUUAUGCAUCUUAUUCUGUGUAAUUGUCUCCUUGAUGCCGGAAAUAGUACAGUCGCAGCUCUAGUAUUAUCAAUGGUUGAGCUCAAGUAUUCAUAUUGAGGUGUUACGGGGUGUCAUUGUAGUUCAAGUCUGUUUUCAAGCAACCCUAUUCCGGGGUGGGUUUUGGCCCAUUCACGACGUUCAUCCACCCAGAUCUCACGGUCGUCAGAAGCCCAAACGUUUACCUGGAAGCACAACAGGUCUGUAAGC